AUGGAAGUAUUCACAUAUUUGAGGCGUAUUUCAAGCCUUCAAAUACUUUCAAGAUUUGUUGUAGGCAUGGAAUCCUAUACACCUAAAUUGCUUAAGUACGUAUCAUUAAGAGCCCUAAAUUUGGAAAACCAAAAUAAAUUAAACUCUAAAAUUCAGUCAGAACACUUGGAUAAAAUUUUAAAAGUAGUUAGAGAUCAAAUUUUGAAGGUUAAUUCCAGUGAAUGGACGCCUUCAGAACUCGUUUCAGUCAUGAAUUUCAUUGCAUCACUAGAAUUUAAGCUUGAUGAGAAAACGAAAGUAUUUUUUACUAAUAAAAUCAAGAAUCUGGAUCACUUUAACCUUUACGAUAUAGUACAAAUCCUUAAAUCGCAAAAAAAACUUAAAAUUCCCUUAGAUACACAGAUUCUAUUAUCGCACAUUAAAAACAACAUAAAUGUACUUUUAAAAACCUGUUCGGUGGCUAAUAUAUAUUCUCUACUGAACGCUCUAUUGGAUAAUAACUUGACUGUUGAUUUGUUGACUUUAGUGAGUAUUUUUCAACACCUUGAGGACUCCAAAAUAACUCCUCAACUGAGUUUUAAAGAUCUAACAAACUUGUACAAUUCAGUUUCGAGACAUAUUAAAUUUAUUAGGAGUGAAAACAUAAACAAUUCUGAACAGGAUAAUAAUUUAAACAUGGAACACUACCGCAAAGUUGAAUCAUUUCUGAAAAUCUUGUAUAAUAAUGUGUUGAGUUCAAUUUCUUCUGAUAAAGACGAUUUUGAGGGGAUUGUUGAUGCUAUUGAUUCUCUAGUAAAUUCGAAUUCACAACAGUUCAUCAAUCAUGACAGUUAUUCCCAACUUGUUCAGAACUGUAAAGUCCCCUUCAAUAGAGCCAAACAUCACCUUAAUAAUAAUCGAGAGAGGUUGAUUAUGGAACUCAGCACAGCUAGUCAUCUUAAUGAUGAAGCAGAUAAAAAUACUAAGAAACCAGUUAAUAUAACAAAAGAAAUAAGUCCGAAACACCUUAAAGUACUGUUGAGGAACAUGGUAGCUGUGAACUGGGAUGAUCUCGAAUUACUCCAUCUAGUGUUUUCCUAUUACAAUGAGACACAAACACAGUGGAGUCUUCAAGGAAAUGUUGAUAUUCUAAAAGGUGUAAUUUAUUUCGGAUUUAAUAUCGAGUUCCCAAUAGAGAAAUGGAUGAAAUGUGUGAAUGUAUUCUCAACAAUUUUGACACCGCGUUACAUAAAUGAAAUCUUCUUACUAUUGGCAAUUUAUAACAGUAUCUACAAAUGUGAAAAUCUCAUUGAAUUUUUCAUUCAAACUGAUUUAAUAAGAGAAGAUGUCCUGACAACCGGAUUCCACAUUCUCUCACUUAGCGACCCAUCAAUCCUCAAUAAAUUAUCAAUAGACUCAUUGAAAAAAUUAAACUGUCUUGAUUUGGGGUUAUUUACACCUAAUUUGUAUAUUUUAAACGAGGAUUCCAAGAAUGUUGGAAUGGUGGUUCAAGAACUUUACGACAAACCUACCUUUUUUCAUUUGAAUUUAAAUUUCUUAAAUUUUAGUAAAUUUGUUUUGAAAUAA